AUGGCGGAUCAACAGCAACCACAGCCAAACUCAAUCGCACAGGUUCCUCCAGGUCCACCAUUAUUUUGGAAACGAUUUACACCUGAAAACAUAGAACGCAUAGAGAAACUGCGCGCUGAGAAAAUUUCAAACUACAAGAUCGCCGAUAAUUCAACCUACAAACUUCCUCCCCGCAUUCCUGAUCUUCCUACUGAAUUAAGAUACCUUCAACCGCCAGAACCACCAGCAACUGGAGCCUACAGAACAUUUGGACAGGUCCAAACAAUCGAAAAUGACAUUCCCCCUCUUGAGGGCGUUGAACAGCUAUACACACCACCCGGCACACCAACAGGAAACGCAAAGCAUGAGGAUCGCAAAUUGAUUCUUAAACGUUUCGCAAAGUCAUUACUAUUGAAUUUCCUAGAAUUGGUUGAGCCAUGA